AAAUGGCGGAUAAUGGCGAGGGCGGCGGUGAGAAACCUCGGACCGAUAUCACUGGGCUGAGGCAGCAAGUCCUUACUUUGGCUGCGAGGAGUUUUGAAGGUGCCGCUGAAAAGCCUAUAGACGAAGUGGUGUCGCGCGUACUGACCAAGAGACGAAAGAAAUGGAGAAAGAGACACAAUCUCCCGUCGGAAGGUAACAAGCUUAGCACUUCUAUAAACAACCUUCGUUUUUAGACCUAGACAACUGAGCGUCGCUGAAAGAGUACGUCGGUUUUGUUUUCUGCAGCGAGGCCGCCUGACCCGGGACUGAGGGGCGAGAAAGAGCGACUGACUGAACGGUUCUACCAGUGUGGGGAGCGGCUCCGUGCAUGCCGAAACAGCGGCUACUCCCUAGUCAGGCAACUGGAGAGUAACAAGAGGAGACUUCAGCUCCAAGUUGCUGAAAGGUAUCAGCAGAUGACGACUAGGUUGUGUCUGGAGCCAGAAAGCAACAGGCAGUCAGCUUCCUUUGAAACAGCAGAGAAAGACACAAUUCUCCUCAAGGAUCUCCAGAGAGCCAUAUCCCAGGCUGAUGCUCUGGUUAAGGUGAAGAAGAUGAAGCUGUCGAUGACUCCGAGACUUCCACCGCUGCACCGCAGGGAGCUCCUGAAUGACACCAUGAGCAACGACCAGUUUGGCCUGAGUCUGCUUGUCCCUCCACACCAGGUGGUGCAGCAAGCCUCCCCCUCUAUCUCAGAGGACGAGGCCGGCAAAGUCAAAGUCGACGUAGAGAGAUCCAGAAGGCACCCAGAGCUGACCCAACUACUGAGAUCUCCUGGGAACGGAGCUGCUGCUGAGGACUCGCCGCCUCUUGAACAGCUCAAUGUAACAAAUGGCAACAGUUCUCGAAGAGUUUCAACUGCUACUGGGACUGAUGUACCUGGCGAGGGAGUAGAAGAGAGAAUGAACCUGGACCCUGCCGUAGAGCUGGCGCCCAUUAUGAGAGAGAUUGCUGCUGACGAGGGGGGCGAAGGGUCGUCAGAGGAUCCCCCAAGGGUUGCCUGUGUGAUGAGUCUCAUGGAGGGGCAGGACACUGCCAGCGUGGUGGAGGUGACCGCCGACAAUGAUGAUUUAAUCGAAACAAACAGCUCUCUUUUCUCUGACGAAAAGUCAGACAUUGUCGAGCAACCUUUGGAGCCGGCGUUCGACGACCGACUAAUGUCAAACAACAUUCUGCCCGAGAAAGAAGAGAUUGUGUCCACAAUGCCCGAUGGCUUCAACGAGGAGGUAGAAGUGGAGAGCGAACCAUUAACUCCACCCCCGUCGCACCCCGCCCCCAUAGACACAAACCACAACUCUAUGAGUGAAGAGUCGUCUCCAGAGAACCACCGGGACAUGAACCACCACCAGAGCAUGGCUGAGGAGGAGUUGGUGGAAAUGAUAAUGAGAGACUCUGAGCUCACUGCCUGGAUUGCCAAGGCAAGGCUCAGACCUCGGACUCCCAUUAGCUACAGAUUGGCCAGGAAAAAACGGCGCUCACGAUCUCGAAGUUCAUAUGUACAUGAAUAACUGUAUAGUUGUAUUAUACAACCGAGCGUUUAUUCUCUCUUUCUUGUUACAUCAUGUUGCGUGUGCCUGGUAUAUACCUGUGCAUGAUGUACUGGUUAUUCCCACGUUUAUUAUUGUUAUGACAUACCAUUGCUACGUUGUAAUGACAUUUUUCCACCCCUCAACAUUGUAUUUUUCAUUGUUUUAUCAAACAUAAAAAGUUAAUAAAUAUAAACAGAUCAUGUACCAGUGGCAGGUGUGGAGGUGGUCGACGUACUAGGCGCGGGGAGAGAGAACUUGACAAAGCUGUCUAGAAGCUUGCAGUUGGCUUUCAAACGUAUGUGGCAGGUCUUUGCAUACUUCCUCCUGUGAAUGACAAAGGCAUGGUUCUGGAAUGUCCCACCGCCUGCGGUGAUGAGGCACCUCGCAUUCCCCGCUAUCGUCUGUUGGAGAGAAGCAAUGUAGCCAGGAUUUUCUGUGCCCGCAACAUCCUGAAACUUUGACUCCCACAGCGAGAAUGAGCCCUGGCCCAUUGUGUUUAGCAGUUCACUCAACUUCUCCUCCAAGGCCUGUCUGUCAACAUAGUCGUGCAGCGUGAAUCCCUUGGAUCCAAACUUGCCGUAGUCCAGAGCAACAAAAGUAUGGGUGAUCCUAGUCGUGUGCUUCAUGUAUUCCCACUUCUUUAUGAGGCUGGAUAGACACCGAGAGACGAGACGCAGUUUGUUAGCUCUCUUGGAGGUGCUUACAAACACCUGCUCCACUCGCAGCAUGACAGCAAUGUACGUGUUAUUGGAGACCCCUCCGAGGUAGCGAGAGAUGUACAGAUUGGCUUUAACAAAGAGCGCCUGGCUUGGCGAUACGUGGAGCUCGUUAAACAGGGGUCCACCCGUGCUCUCCUUCUCACAGUGGGAAUCGCUGAUGCUGACUGUGUAUUUCGUGACUUUCUUUCCAACUCCCAGCCACUUUCGGUAGAUAAGUGUCACGUCUGUUGGCUCCAAGUCUCCAUAUAUGCUGUGUUUGUAGCGCCAGAGCUCCAGCUGCCCUGUGUACUUGAAGUUGAAGCACACCUCGCGGACGACGUUGAAGCUGUGGAGCCUAAAGAACGGCGAGUACGCGUCUCUGAACGCGUCCAACGAGCAAGAGUCCUCCCACGUGUGCUGAACCAGUACUACGUUUCUUGGGGCGACGUCUAACAAGGCCUCCCAGGGAGCUAGAGGAGCGAAGCAUUUCUUUUUGGAGAAAGCUUGCCACUUGUCCAUGUUGUAGAUGCUGCUCAUACGGACGGCGUUGCGUUUCCAGGGCGUCUCGGCAGCGGGUUUACGGAGGUCUAGAGCGGCGCCGAAGGUAGACUGCACGAUGAAAGGCUCCACCACGACGAGACUUGGGUCGAUGGAGUAGGCGAGGCACUGGAGGCAGAAGAGAUUCAUGCCGCCACCAGUGAGCUGGUCGCUGUAGUCCAGGGCCAUAACGAACCCCGCGCCGCUCAGGUUGCGUCCUUCUUCGUACAGUUGCUCGUUGGUGCAGGGAUCGAGCGGGGAAGCGGUUUGGGCCGUUGUGUAGAUGAGGAAGUAGGCGCAGGUGCCGCACAGUCCGAGCAAGAGGACGCCCAGGUAGUACGUCUGCAUGGGAGAGUAGCAGAGACACCAUAGUAGUUUCCUCAGUCGAGCCAUGGCCGAGAACACGCCCCCUCUUUCAGGUCAGUGAUGAUGGUCCACUGUUUUCGCUUCUCUUACUUGUAUUUUACCCAUUAUUUGGGCGAAAAAAGUGCAAGCACUAUA